AACAACCCCCCCCCCCCCGCCCCCCGGGGCCCCGAUCCUUCCGCGCGUGUUUCACGUGUGAACUUAAAAGAUCAUUGACUUUUGCAUGGUGAAGUUGUUUCUGGAGCGCCUGGAUGGAACCGAAAAAGGACACCUUUGAGUGUGAGCUGUGUGGAUUAACAGCCCCCUACAGCUACUAUGGACAUAAACCUCCCAAUGCCUUCUCAGUCACCCUCCUGGAAGACUGUUACGUUAUGAAGGACCCGUUCAGCCCAGACAAGGACAGAUUCCUUAUCCUCGGAGCGCAGUGUAGUGUGUGUCACAAACGGGUGUGCGUUGGUCCGGACUGUAGUCUUUUCUAUUCGAAAAGGUUUUGCCUCCCCUGCGUGAAGGCACGCAUCAGUGAAUUUCCUUUGGAAAUAGAAGAAGAUUUGAAAAAAAAAGGACACAUAAAAUCUUCCAAAAAAGGAGGUUCUAAGAAUUUGGAGAAAAGCUAGGUUGAUUUUACUGCAGGAUACGCUUUUUUGGUUCACUGGAAUAAAAAUGGUGUGUCUUGUAGUA